AUGGAUUUUCCAGUGUUAGUUCCUAAAGCGAAGAAGGUUUCAGUGGUUAAGUGGAGUCCUCCCUCACAAAAUUGGGUGAAGCUUAAUACGAAUGGCAGCUUGGGUAAUCCUGGGCUUGCUGGUGCUGGGGGUGUCAUUUGUGAUGCUGGUGGUCAAAUGUGUGCGGCUUAUUUUGUUCUUUUAGGCCAAGCUUCUAACAACUUUGCUGAACUAAGUGGUUUGAUAGAAGAGGUUAGAAGGUGUUGUCAACUUGGUUUUUAUCAAGCGGAUAUUGAAACUGAUUCUCAAAUCCUUGUUAAUUGCAUUAGAAAGGGUUGUCGCUUUGAUUUUAUUUCUUGCAAUCGUUUUGGCAAAUUGUACUGUGGUUGGUACUUUUGCUAUCCAACUGGUAACUACUCCAGCAACAGUACCUACAGGGCAAACCUCGUUGGCCUCCUGGCCACCAUGUAUUCCAACACGGAGAUCGAUUACGGGUUUUACAAUUUCUCCGCCGGAGAAAAUGCCGACAAAGUGAACGCGAUUGCACUUUGUAGAGGAGACAUUACGCCGGAGUCAUGUCGUAAUUGUAUCAAUACAACAAGUCAGGCUCUGUUACAGUCUUGUCCCCACCAGACGAAGGCAUUCAUGGGAGACGGUAUGUGUACGCUACGAUACUCAAACGGAACUAUAUUUGGCACCUUGGAAACUGAACAUCCAGUUAUCAUUUACAAUACUGAAAACGCCACAGACGUAGAGAAUUUCAAUCAGGUGCUAGGACAAUUGCUAGACAGGCUAACAAAACGCGCCGCACAAGGGAAUUCUACUCGCAAGUUUGCUCUGGAUAGCGGGCCUGCCACAGACUUUGAAACACUAUAUGCACUUGUGGAAUGUACUCCUGAUUUGGACCCCAAUCAAUGCACCAUCUGCCUGAAGGGACUCGUGCAAGAAAUUCCACGAUGCUGUUAUGGGAAGCGUGGAGGGAGAUACGUAGCACCCAGUUGUGAUUUAAGAUUCGAGACUACCCCUUUCUAUGACUUGAACGUUGAGGAAUCAUCGCCACUGCCACCACCACAGUUGCUUCCCCCUGCAGAAGGAAACGGAAGUAACUCAACAAGAAUUGCAAUUCUUAUAGUCCUGCCGGUUGUCGCUUCUUUUGUUCUAAUCAUAUGCAUUUGCAUCAUCUAUACAAGACUAGUGAAGAAAUCAAGGGAGCAACUUCAAAAUGAACCCAUAUAUGAAAUUAGUAGUGCUGAAGAAAGGCUGCAAUUCGAGUAUCGGAUAAUUGAAGUUGCUACAGAGAACUUUUCUGCUCAAAACAAGCUUGGAGAAGGAGGAUUUGGUGCUGUUUAUAAGGGUAAGUUUCCAAAUGGAAAGGAAAUAGCUGUGAAGAGGUUGUCCAUGGGCUCUCAACAAGGAGAUGCAGAAUUUAAGAAUGAGGUCAUGUUGGUGGCUAUGCUUCAACACCGAAACUUGACAAGGCUUCUAGGAUUUUGCUUGGAAGGGAGUGAAAGGCUUCUAGUCUAUGAGCUUGUAAGGAAUUCAAGCCUUGAUAAGUUUAUAUUUGAUCCAAUCAAAAGUGCACAAUUGAAUUGGGAAGUGCGUGACAACAUUAUACAAGGCAUUGCUCGAGGACUUCUUUACCUUCACGAAGAUUCGCGACUUCGUAUUAUUCAUCGUGAUCUCAAAACUAGCAACAUUUUAUUAGAUGCAGACAUGAACCCCAAGAUUUCAGAUUUUGGGACCGCAAGAUUAUUUGAAGCAGAUCAAACUCAAGCCAAUACACACAAAAUUGUGGGGACCUAUGGAUACAUGCCUCCGGAAUAUGCAAUACGCGGACACUUUUCAGUAAAAUCCGAUGUGUUUAGUUUUGGCGUGGUAGUUCUGGAGAUAGUGAGCGGUAAAAAAAAUAACUCUAGCUUUCAGGGUGAGAAUGAAGCUGGCUGCCUUCUAAGUUAUGCAUGGAAAAACUGGAGGGAGGGGACAACCUCAAAUCUUGUAGAUGCCACAUUAAAGGCCAAGUCAACAACUCAAAUAAUGAGAUGCAUCCACAUUGGAUUAUUAUGUGUUCAAGAAAAUGUGGCUGACAGACCAACCAUGGCUACAGUCGUCCUCAUGUUUAAUAGCCACUCUGUUACUCUACCAGUGCCCACAAGACCUGCAUUUCUUAUGCAUAGCACCAAAUCAGAUGUGUUGUCCCAAUCGGAGAACGGUGUUGGCGUAACAAGACCAGAUAGGCGUCGAAGUAGAUAUGUCCAAGCCUCAAGAAAUGAAGCUUCAAUAUCUGAGCUAGAUGGCCGAUAACUUUUGAUGGAAG